ACAUUAAACUUGUACAUCAAAAAUGUGUGAAUGAUGAAGAGCGUGAAAUAUCUUUUGAUUCUCAUUUCCCUCCCGAGGAUACUGGCCAAGGGCAAAAGCGGCUCUUCUCAGGACGUUUUGCAGUCCCAAACUUGCAUAGACCCUAACUUUGGUAAUAAAGGAAGUGAUUUGAAGGCUGACAAUGGACUUGGUGAUGAAAACGGGCAGUUUACAAAUUACUUGGACAAUUUUUCGAAAUCAGAGUCUGGACAGUUCCUCCAGGAAGUCCUUGCAUUUAAACCUGGCGCUGAAGGAAGAUACAAAAUUACACCUGGAAGUGACAAGUUAAUCGAGCUUAAAAGCAUGAUUCUACCAUAUAAUACAACUUGGAAUAUUUUAAAUCUGGUUCUUCUAGCCUUAACAUCUGCGGUAUUCACACAUAUUGCCAUUUAUGCUCCUUUGUCAAAUUACUCCAUCAUUACAAUCACUGGAUACGUAACAUGUUCCAUAAUUUUGGGACUUACCCACGACAUAUUGCCUCUUUGGAUCGUAGCUCUAGUUGCUUGUCUUGGAGAGGGAGUUUUAUGUUUUGCCUUGAAUAAGAUAGCGAAUAUACAAAGAAGACAAUUGUGUAUACUAUCGAUUUGCAUGGUCUUCUCUAAAGUGUUUUAUGAUUUAUAUGCAAUAAUCCCAUUUGAUCCUAUAAAUCCGUCAUAUUCUGGAGUUGCAGGGCUUAUUCUAAACUAUGUCAUUUUCCGCAACAAUUUUAUGCUUCUGAGAUUAAUAUAUCUCAUUGUUUUAAUCUUCAUCUCGUCGGCGUUGUUUUUAAAUUUACCCUCGUAUGUUGCAGGGGAACCUAUGGAGAUUCAAGAAGUUGAUGCAUCAGCAGUAAUAAUGAGACGCCUUAUCGCCUUUGUAACAGCACUUCCAGUAUCUGGUUUGCUUACUCAAAUACUUUGUACAGCCAAAAGGACCGUAAAUCCGCUGGGCCCAUUUAACUUUUUCAACGUGCCGACAAAGUUCAGAAUUGAUUCGCUGGAGAGCGUUAUAGGAAUGGUUGGCUGGGUGACAAUCUCUAUGAUUUUCUAUAAAUAUUCCAAAAAAAGGAACAAUGGACUGGCAACUUCACCUAAAAAGAGGAAGACCUGGAGAACAUACACCAGGACAAUAUCAUCCCUGUAG